AUGCCGAACUCACAUCCAUCAGUCUCACCAUGCUCUCCGGCGGACUCGACACAGUCACAACCCUCCUCCAAUAGAGCGUCGCUCUCCUCGCCCAGCGCCCUGACAUCCCAAAGAAAGCAUGGGCCGAGAUCGCCGAAUUCUACACCCCGACGAACCCCUCUGUGCGCCCAGGACGACCAAAAAUGCCGCUACAUCGUCGCCCUCGUCCGCGAAUGCCUUCGCUACUUCACCGUCCUCCGUCUCGCCCUCCCCAUCAAAGACGUCACCUACAACGGCAUCGUCAUCCCCGCAAAGGCAGUCUAUUUCCUCAACGCAUGGGCCUGCAACAUGGAUUCCGCCGUGUGGAGCGAUCCCUCUGUCUUCCGCCCCGAGCGCUGGCUCGAGCAGCCCGACGCGCCGAUGUUUACCUACGGCAUGGGCUACCGCAUGUGUGCUGGCUCAUUGCUGGCGAAUAGAGAGCUUUAUCUUGUGUUUAUCCGCAUGUUGAAUGCGUUUGAGAUCCGCAGCGCGGAUGGGGUGGAUGCGCAUCCGUUGACGGGGAAUUCGGAUCCGACGAGCUUGGUGGCGAUGCCGGAGAGGUAUAAGGCGUAUUUUGUGCCGAGGAGGGUGGAGGUGCUGAGGAGAGAGAUUGAGGAGUUUGAGGUUACUGGGGCGCAGGCUUGA